UGUCGGUAUCCCACAAUGCACCUGGGCUGCAGAAGGCGCCUUCCAUGCUGCUGCAGAGGGCAGGGGGCUUCCUGGAGCUAACAAACACAACAACUCCGCAAAUCUCAGCGACUUGUGUUGUUUACCCCGGUUAUUUUUCUGACGCUCUGCAAUUCACACUCCAGGUCACAGUGUGUGAGAGUGUGUGUGUGUGAGUGUGUGUGUGUGUGUGAGAGAGAGAGAGAGAGAGUGUGAGAGUUCGCAGCAUGGCUCCAUUCAGCUUGAUGACAGUUGGCGCUAAUCUUCUGGCCAGAUCCUGGGGUUUGUUUUCGACUGCAGUUACUGUAAGGUGCUCUUGUGUCGUUCCAACAUUAAAAAACUUCAGCACUACAGCUGGUGGUCCUCCAAAAAGGCCUCUGACUGCAUACUUGCGAUAUGUGAAGGAGCAGCAGCCCAUCGUGGUGAAGCAGAAUCCAGAUAUCAGAGUAGUGGAUAUUGUCCGAAAGAUAGCACAGCAGUGGAGGACCCUUACACCAGAGGAAAAACGGCCUUUUGAAGAAGCGUCCAUAGCGGCCAGGGAGCAGUACAAAGUUGACAUGAAGGCAUACCAGGAUCAGCUCACGCCUGCCCAGUCUGCAGCUAUAGCAGAGGAGAAAAGACAGAAGAUGGCGAAAAGAAGAGCGAUCAGGAAGAAGAGGGAACUGACUAGUCUGGGCAAGCCCAAACGCCCCAGAACAGCCUUCAACAUCUUCAUGGCAGAGCACUUUGAAGAAGCAAAAGGAACUACUAUGCCGGGCAAAAUGAAGUCUCUGUUCGAUGACUGGACCAGUCUGUCCUUGUCACAGAAACAAGUAUAUAUGCAGCUAGCAGAGGAUGACAAAGUACGUUAUAAAAAUGAGAUGAAGUCAUGGGAGGAGCACAUGACUGAACUUGGGAGGGAGGAUCUCGUUCGACGGAAGGAGUCGAGACGUAAGAAGGCGGCGACUAAAGGUGGCAAAAAGAAAUCUAGAGUGAAAGUGUUAAAGGCCAAAGCGCCUGCCAAGAAAACAGCGGGAAAAAAGUCUGCUGCUGCUGAAAAAAAAAAUACGAGUAGCACUAAGAAGUGAGUGGUCGCUAUGUGUAGUGGAAAGUAUGCAUUAAAAAAAAAAGGUGAGCACCGUCCUUGAUAAAACCGCUUUGGAAGGGCAUACGUUUCCCUGAUUAGUGCUGUUUGUUCAUGGUGUAAACAGCAGUAAGCAUUUGGUACUGUGACAAACCAUUAAAGGCCAGUUUGGUGGGCAAGACUUUGCUUAAACGUCCGUUACAUAUCAGGUGUAGGCAAGACAGAGUUUAUAGGACUACUGCAUUUGCUUUUGUUUAUUAUAAAGUUAACAAUAACUCUAGUACUUACUUUUUUUUUUUUUGCUUUGUAGAACACAUCCACUUGUACAUCAUGCUUAAAAAUCGCAGCCGCCAUGUUUUGUGUCGUACAUUUACUUAAUAAAUAUCUACAUUUUCUACAAAAGAAACAAGCAACAUGAAGUAUCUAUACAAUGUAACCCAAACUCAAACAUGUACAGUAUUACACUGAUUAUGAGAAAGUGGGAAUGUAAUUGGAGUGUAUCUGUGUGAUAUAAAAAUCUGUUAUUUUAUA